AUGACGACCGAGCUGACCAGCCGUCCGCGGGACAAGCAUCCGCGCCGCCUCACGCCCGACGCGGCGCUGCUGUCGGCCGAGCUCCUCGAGGCCAUUGCGACGUACCUGCCUGUCGAAGGCAUGACAUCGUUCCUUGAUGCGCUGCCCGAGCACCUGCGCACGCCGGCGCUGGAGCUCCUCGCGACGCUCUCGCAAGUGCUGGGGCUUCAAGUGCUUUGGCCCACGCUUGAUCUGAGUGUACUCGUGCAGCUUGCGGACGCCGACAACAUACUCGCCCAACUCCUCAGCGUGAACCCCGCGGCGCAGAAGGCCGCCCGUGUGACGCUGACAAACACGCUCGCCCUUCCGCACGUGAUGGAGGCCAUUGCCACGAGCUUGGACAACCAAGAGGACCUUGAGAGUUUUCUCUACGCGAUACCACGAUCGCUCUGGACGCCGGCGCUCACGGCCUUUCUCGACUGCACCACGGUGAUGCCAUAUUCGAUCAUCGCCAACUGGCCGCACAUCAAGCUGCGUAGCAUAAGAUUUCGGUCUUCAAUCUUGACGCUGCUCGCGGCGACGCUGCCGCUGCGUCCACGCAUCGAACUCCGGUAUGCGGUCCGGGACACGGCCUCGCUCGUUGCCGUCGUCGGACCUGCACUCAGCUGCGUCAUUCUCGGUUUCUACAGUGGGCGCAUGGUCCAAGGUCGAGGCCGAGCGAUCAGCAACCUCCUCUUGCAGCGCUGCCCACGUCUGCGCCAAGUGUCGAUCUCGGUCAUUUCUUAUUCGGAGAGCGAUGCCGCCGAGCUCAACGGCCUGCUUGCUGUCGUCGCCCACCCGCAUGUCAUCGACUUGUCUCUUGACCUCCUUCUCGCGAUCACUGUACCGCGACUUGGCCAUCUUUUGGCUUCUUGGCUCUCGACGGCGCCAGCGACGAAGCUCACAUUGGUCCGUGUCGCCCAAAUGGACGACGAUGCCAUGAUGGCAUUUUGCGAUGCGCUCCAAGGCAACACAACCCUCCAAGAGCUUACCAUCGUCGACAUCCCCAGCCUCAAUGGCUUCCACGGCCGCACGCUUCCAGUGUCGUUGAAGAUCUUGAAUGUUUACGUCAAUGGUGUUGUUGACGCCGCAACGCUGACGAGCCUCGCGAACGCCGUCGGGCCCACGCAGCUCGAGCGUCUCGAGUGCAGCGUCUUUGGUUCGCUGGCGACAUGCCCGGCGGCUGCGCCCAUGCUAUCGCAACUGCAGUCCCUUGUCGUCUCCAGGUUGCACGUCGAUAACAUGCCGGCAUUGCUCGCGGGCUUGUCGUCGGUACCGGCGCUGACGUCUCUUGAGCUUUGCGAUUACAGCCUUUCGUUGUCGACGGAGCUGCUCAUGGAGACGCUUGCGACGACGUGCAUGCAUCUCGAGACGCUGCGCGUCAGCAAUGAGCAGUUGACGCGCGAUGGGGCCACCGCUGUUCUCUCGGGCGUGUUGCAAUUGCCACGCUUGACGACGCUGGACCUCUGGAUGCCUCUGCUGGAUGUGAUAGACGUGCUUCCAGAGCUCGUAGCUGCGGGCCGCCACCUUCGCCGCCUCUCCUUGAUGAGCAUCGAGCGACCCAACGACGAUCUGGAGAAGCGCGCGAUCUACGAGGCGCUGGCGCAAGUCCCCAACGUCCCGUUUGUGCUUCAGACGUUGCCAAAAGACAUGGACAAGUUCGUGGUCGACGCGCUCAGUCGACGCGCCGAUCGUCGCCACCAUUGCGACUUGGCUCUCUGA